AUGUCCAUGUACAGAUUUGUGAAAGAGGGCAGCAGUAAGCGCCUCUUCGUACAAGGGACUCUAGAAAGUGAGGAGAAACCGCUGAAAUCGAGUUUAAAGAAGCCACACUCACCGGUAGGAUCCCCGAUAACAACAAGCCUGAAUCUUCCGUCUGUCCCGAGGAGUCUCAGGGAGAGUUUGACCAGGCACGAGACUGUGUUUGAUGGGAAUUAUCCGGGCAUGGAACGCUACCGUUCUGGAUCGUAUAACGGUAGAAUUGUCCACGAUGGAAACCAGACACAUUUCGAAUACGAUGGCGAGAGCGCGUUGGCCGUCCCGACAUCAGCUGGUGGAAGAGGUGUGUCGGAAAUGCAGGCGAUUCAUACGAACAAACGCUUGUCGACCGAGGUCCUGGGCUCCUCGCUGGAGUCUACGAAGGUCUCGAAGAAAGACGAAACAGGACAGAGGAGAAUAACCACGCGCAUAGUGAGAAAAGUGACUACUCUGACGCGUGGGGAAGAGAAGUCUUCGAUGGAGGAUUUGAGAGGGCGAGAGGUGCAUCGAUCUUCGGAGCAGUACAGACAUUUCGAGAUGGAAUCCACACCUUCUAGAAAAGUCAAGAUAUCCGACAUUGUGGUUGGUCAAGAACCCAAUGUCACAGCACGAGAAGCUUUGCUUAGUUGGGCUCGCCGUUCGACCGCGAAAUAUCCAGGUGUUCGAGUGUCUGACUUCACAUCAUCUUGGAGGGAUGGGCUUGCCUUCAACGCGCUCAUACACAGGAACCGUCCUGAUUUGAUAGACUGGCGUAAUAUCAGAUCAAGACAGGUUCGUGAGCGUUUGGAGACGGCCUUCCAUGUCGUGGAGAAAGAAUAUGGAGUCACCAGAUUGCUAGAUCCCGAAGAUGUUGACACACACGAAAUCGACGAGAAAUCCCUUAUCACCUACAUUUCCUCCCUCUACGAGACAUUCCCUGAGCCACCAGCAGUGCACCCGCUGUUCGAUGCUGAAUCUCAGCGGAGGGCUGCUGCGUACACUGAAAAUGCGGCUCAGCAUCGCGCAUGGUUACACGAGAAGUGCUCUCUCAUGCAGGACCGCGCUUUCCCCUCGACCUUGAUAGAGAUGAAGAAGUUAUUAAGUGAAAGCACGCGUUUCCGUAAUGAGGAGAUACCGAUCCGACAGAGGGAGAAGCAGAAACUCUUCCAUCAAUACAGGGAGUUAGAGAAAUACUUUGAAACGGUCGGAGAAAUAGAAGUAGAGCCGACACUACGACCGGAAGCAUUGGAACAGGCGUGGUCGCGACUGCUGAUGGCGCAGCAGGAACGCGAACGCGAUCUGUCCGAUGAGAUCCGGAGACUGGAGAGGCUGCAGCGCUUGGCUGAGAAAUUACAUAGAGACAUAAAACAAACUGAAGCCGGGCUAGACAAUGUAGAGCGACAUAUUGAAAGUGAAAUACGCCGAGUAGAACGCGGCGUGCACCCGGCUGAAGCGAAAAUGGCGGCCGAACAAAUUGAACAAGAACUACGUACUAUGGAACACACUAUACAGGAGAUGUUCCAGGACUCGCAAGCGUUGAGGGAAGGACGGUACCCACAGGCGAGCGAAUUGCACAGACGAGUUCAACAAGUCCACGAUAGAUGGCUUAACGCAAGACAAUCCUUCACCGGGCGGCUAGUACCACGACUGUCAUCAGUGCGUAUGCCGGUUCAACAGACUACAGUUCGCAGGGAGACCCGCACGGUCCUGGAGACCAGGGUUCAUGAUACUGACCCCAGAUUCCAGCAGCUGCACGAUGCCACCCGAUGGUGUAAGGAAAGACUGAAAAAACUUCACGAAUCUGAAUACGGUUCAGACCUACCGAGCGUUCAACACGAGUUAGACAAACACCAACGCGAACAUAAACAGAUUGACCAGUUUCAUUCAAAGGUUGAACAAUGCGUUCACAACCGUAGUAACUUCAGCGGAGAAGAAUUGAAUCUAUAUAACCAACACCUCAGUCAACUGCAGAAGCUUUACGCUGACUUGCUAUCAACUAGCACCAAACGGAUAUCAGAUCUCGACGCUCUGCAAGACUUCCUUCAAUCAGCGACAGCCGAGCUGAACUGGUUAAAUGAAAAAGAACAAGUUGAAUUAUCACGAGACUGGGCAGAUCCACACAUCAAUCUACCAGCUGUACAGCAUUACUAUGAGCAACUAAUGUCUUCGUUAGAGAAGAGAGAGCUUCAAUUCAGUAAUGUGAUAGACCGAGGUGAAGCGUUGAUAGCACAGCACCAUCCCGCCAUGAAAACGAUUGAAGCACACUUACAGGUGAUGCAAUCACAAUGGGCGUGGGUACUACAAUUGACACUCUGUUUGGAGACUCAUCUCAAACACACAACCAAUUACCACAACUUCUUCGAACAAAUUAAGGAAGCCGAGAAAUGGAUACAAAAGCGAGAAGAAGCCCUGAACACCACGUUCUCCCAGUCCGAAUUCACACUAGACCAGGGCGAAAGGCUAUUGAAAGGCAUGCAAGAUCUUCGCGAAGAACUGAACGAGCAUGGGGCUGGAGUAUCCAGAUUAGUUGAGGAAGCCCAAGAAAUCAGACCAGUUAAGCAACGUCGCGCGCCGAUUACCCGGCCACUCAGAGCAGAAACCGUCUGCGCUUAUAAACACGCCAAUGUUGCAAUUGAAAAGGGAUCAGCUGUAACAGUAGUAGACAACUCUGGUAGAAGUCGCUGGCGUGUGAGACUGGGUGGCGCUGGUACUGAGGUCCAAUUACCGGGUGCGGUCGUGGCGUUACCACCACCAUGUCAGGAGGCCUUGGAUGCUGCGUCCAGAUUAAGAAAUGCUUAUGACAGGGUGAUACAAUUAUGGCAGAGGAAACAGCUGAGGAUGCGACAGAAUAUGAUCUUCGCCACCAUCAAGGUGGUCAAGGGAUGGGACUUCCCACAAUUUGUCGCUAUGGGCGCUGAACAACGACAAGCGAUACGUCGCGCGCUGAACGAAGACGCUGAGAAACUGUUAGCUGAAGGCGAUCCGGCUGAUCCUCAACUGAGGCGUUUGAGACGAGAGAUUGACGAAGUCAACAGAUUAUUUGAUGAGUUUGAGCGAAGAGCAAGAGCUGAAGAGGAUUCCAAAAAUGCUGCCCGAAUCUUCACGGAACAGUCUUCAAACCUCCUGGAACGCCUGGAGGUCUACGAACGUCAAUUACACGAGAGGAUCGCCUCACAUAUACCCAGAGACUUGGAUUCUUUGGAGCACCUGGUUCUACAGCAUAAAGAUUGGGAGAGCAGCUUACUGACGCUGUCUACCGAUAUUGAGGAGGUCCAGAAUACGUUUAGAGGUAUCGCCCUUAAAACUCCUGCCAUGAAGAAGAAUUUAGAUAAAGUGAUGGGCAAAUGGAACGAUAUGCAGUCAAAGAGUCAGUUAUUUGUGGAAAGGUUGAAGUUCGUAGAAAUAGUAGUUAACAGCAUGGAAGAGAAUAAUCAAACGAUUUCCGAAUUCGAAAUAAAAUUGGCGCAGUUCAAUGACCUUCCUAAUGAUGUGGAACUGCUAAAAGACAUGCACGAAGACUUAUUGCGAAUGCAAGUAGCUGUGAGCAAACAACAAAUUCAGGUGGAUCAAAUGAAUGAUGAUGCGGAGAAUUGCCGUCGUCUAGUAGAAAGCUCCAGGGCUGCACUACCACAUUCUUCGCUGCCCAGAACUGGCAAGCAUAUUGACUUGGAGCGAUUGGACAAGGAAGUCACACAGCUGAAUAACCGCUGGAAUAACGUUUGCACCCAGCUGGCUGAAAGAUUACGAAGCUGUGAAGCAGCUUACCAACUCCUGCGAAACUUCAACGCUGGCUUCGAGAAAGAGGCUGAAUGGAUUGAUGACUCGUUCAGCAGACUCCAAGCGCAGCCUCCGAUUGAAAUCCGUCCCAAGGAGCAGUUUGAACCAACCAGGAAUUUACUUACGAGCGUUGUGGAGAGGACGCCUAAGAUUGAAAAAGUUAACGUAGAUGGUGGAAGGUUCAUACGAGAGGCGAAGAUCCACACAUCGAGAUGUCAGAGGUAUGUCGAAUGGCUCUGCGAGGAAAUACACCCGUCACUGGAUGUAAAACAACUGAAACGACAAGCGGAUAUCGAUAUGGCAGAGCGGUUACGCAGCAGGGGUCGAAAGGACCUCGUAGGUGCCGAAUUGACAUCUGGAGCUGAUGCUGUGGCGAGGGAACUAGAUGAACUGAAUGCUAAACACCAAAGACUAUUAGAUCUGUUAUAUGAGAGACUGAGGCGGAUAGCGGCUGCUAAUCCUGGAGAUAUUGUCACAUUGCGCCUUGUGGAAGCAAUGGCGCCUCGCUCAGCCCGCUCCUUCCGACAAGAAUUCAAUAUGCAAGAUGUGGCAAGCACAGAGCAUACGUACACAACGCAUUAUACCUCAGAAAAAUAUGUCAAGACGUCUCAAACAACUGAAUUAGAUGGACAUACGUCCGUUAAAACAAUGACCAAUGGCAAACUUCCUAGUUAUAUAAGUAAAACAAAACUCGGCGACGACGAUAGACCUGACGUUAGAAAUUUAAAACGAGUCCACAAAAUGUAUGAAGGACCAAAUAUCAUCGAAUCCAGAGGUAUAGUCCACCCCGAAACCAGAGAAAUUCUGACGGUUGGUCAGGCUAUCAGCAUGAGAAUAUUAGACGUACGGACGGGAAGAUUGCUAGCUUCACCCGACACGCGUCAAACAAUUUCAAUAGAACAAGCAGCAAAAGAAGGUCUUAUUGAUCCCAAACUAGCUGCUAGACUGACCGGACCUUGCGGUAUGACUGAAGACGGAAAUGAAGUAACCUUGUUAGAAGCAAUCCAGAGAGAGUUGUACGACGCGGAACAAGGACUUUCAGACCCAGCGGAGAAAAGGAUAAAGGUGAAUGUUGAAAACAAACCAAGUCAAGGAAUGAGUAUUUCGGAUGCGGUAAAUCGAGGCCAAGUUGAUUUACAGCGAGGUGUAUACAUACUGCCCAACGGAACACAUAUUACUGUGGCCGAAGCCUAUCAACGCGGCUACCUAAUUUACAAUGAGAUUAUCAAAAUUAAAUCAAGUGCUUUGUCUUUAUCAGACGCGAUUAGUCAAGAGCUUGUAGACAAUAGUGGUUGGAUUUUGGACAGAAAUUCGGGUGAUAGGUUCCAAUUAGACGUAGCAAUAGACAAAGAACUCAUUAAUCCAAACGUUAAAGAAAUCGUUGAUCAUAAAGAUGACAUGAAAAUAACGCUUGCUGAAGCGUUAGUGAAAAAUAUUAUCAAUACUAAACACUCUAAAUAUAUUCAUAAUGUAACGAAAGAAAAGUUAUCUUUCAAAGAAGCUGCUAGGAAACGCUUUAUUUGUAAACCCAUGACAUUAAAAGACGUCUGUGAUAAAAGUUUAAUGACAAACGAUGGUAAAAUUAUAUCAGCUGCGAAUAGGUCACAUCUUAAUAUAGUAGAGGCAAUAUCCACUGGUGUACUAGAUAGUGAUAACAUCAAAUGUAUUACCGAUACAACUUCUGGUCAACUCCUUACACUCUCGGAAGCCUUGACCGCCAGAAUCAUAUUACCCGACAAUAAGUUUCGGGACAAUUUAACUGGCGAAAUAUGUACAAUACCGGAAGCAGUAGAUCGCGGUCUCAUAACUUCAGUCUCUCAAAAAUCAAUUUUCGAUAUAGAUGGUUUUAAAGAUCCAAAAACGGGCGAAUUUGUGUCCUUUAACGUAGCUUUAAGCAAAAAUAACCUUAAAUAUGUUAACGGUGAAACCUUUUUAAAGUCUGAAAGUGGAGAUUUCGUCUUUAUUGAUGAUUGCACUAAGGUUUCGAUCGUUCGUCCUGAAGUACUAGAAAUGUUCAGUCGAAAAAUAGGUGUUUUUGAUAAUGAUCGGGAAUUUACGGUUCUUGAUGCGGUAUUUAAAGGUUUGCUCGAUCCAAAAACUGGAUAUUUGAUCGAUUCUAAAACAAAACAACCUAUCCCAUUUAAUAAAGCUGUCGAGAUUAAUAUGAUUACGCCAGAGGGGGCUGCUUUGUUAAAUUCGCUUUUAAAUAUAACUCUUACUAUACAGACUGUUACCAAAACCGUUAAACGAUAUGUAACAGUUACAAAUACCAGCGAAACAAAUAUAUCCGAAACGAUAAUUACUUUUUCUGAAGCCAUUAGGCGUGGUUUGAUAGAUGAAAACACUCAAACAUUUACAGAUCCUACAACGGGAACCGUUUUUCCAAUUCAGCAAGCCUUAGAUGAGGGUCUUUUAGGAGUAGAUCAAAAUGAUCCUCGCAUUGCUCGCAUUUCAGAUCGUGUAACUAGAAAAGAUUUAAUUCCAGGUCAAGUUGUAGAAUUAAAAAUAACAAAAAAAUCUUUUAUCAAAGAAUUACCUCCUAGCCCUGAGAGUAAACUAAAAGAAGAUGAUAGACCAGAGACAGUUAAAAGUCCAGACUUUAUGUCUGAAUCAAAAGUUCACAAGGAAACGUCUCGAAUGAAAUCAUCCGCGUCAGCAGGAAUUGAACCGACUGUAACAUCACUAACUAUAAAAAAGAAUACCAUUGAAUUACCGCGCGGCGGAUGGUCUCUUAAAGAAGCUAUUCAACAAAAUUUAUUUAAUCCAAUUAAUGGGCUAUUUGUAAUACCUGGUACUGAUAGAGUUCUUGAUUUACAAGAAGCUCUUAAACUAGACAUAAUUAACAGCGAAUCAGCGUAUGUAAUUGAUCAAAAAACUAAAACUGAAUUUACAUUGCAUAGGGCAAUACAGCGUCAUAUUAUAGAUAAUAAUGGUCAAUAUAAGCAAGCAAACGGUAAAAUAACAAUGCGGGACGCUUUAGAUCAAAAAUUAAUUGUUUUUGUACAAACUAUAUCGAACUUAACUUCAACACAAAAAAUUUUGACAAUUACUUCUAUGGACGGAAUGCCAGACAAAAUGGAAAUUUCAGAAGUUCAAGAACCUUCAACAACAUACCCCAUGGAAAGUCAAUCAGUUCUAGAACCGGUCCAGGUUCAGCCUGGAAUAAUUUACGACCCCUCGACGGCUUUAGUUAUUUCUACAACUUCAGGUGUGUCUGGUAAUAUUUUGGAAGCAAUAGACAGUGGUCUUGUUUCGAAAAAGAAUGUUAAGGUUUUGAAUCCCCAGACCAAUGAAUUAGUUACUAUAAAUGAGGCAAUCGAUAAAGGAUUUAUAGAUAAAAACACCGGUGAAUAUCGAAAUCAAUCCGGCCAAAAGCUUAAUUUAGUAGAUGCCGCGAAGAUUGGUUUAAUCACGGUCUUAGGUACUCCAUUAAUGGCUGCUUCUAAAGUUAUUCAAGUCGUAAAAAAUACAAUGGUUAUAGAUCCCAAAACAGGUGAAGAACUGCCCAUGGAAGUUGCUUAUGAAAGAGGUAUAGUCGAUUCUGAUUCUUAUAAAAAGUACGAAGAAUCGUUAGGUGCCGAAACCGUCACCAAUGAUAAGACAACAGUAGAUAAUUCCAAUACGGCUAAAUCAUUCUCUUUUAAUGAUGCUAAAAUUAAAGUUCCAAUCAAUUCAUCUAUGAAAUAUGCGGUUAGUAGUGAUUUUGUAGAUAACAUAAAACCCAAAACAAUUGGAGCUGCAGUAUCUGAAGGGUUUAUAACAGUUGAGUCUAUUCAAAAUAGUCUUUCGUUUGAUAACAGAAAUUAUAUAAAAACGCCCGAAACGGUUGUGGGCGAUGGUCGAACAGAAGUUGUUUUUGUCGCAGAAUCUCUCGAAAAAAUUAAACCCAAGUACUUCCCUAGAGAGUCAGAAGAUUUUAUUAAUAAUAAAACAGUAGAAACAAAGCCGAAAAUUUUGCAGAAAUUGAGAAGACGCGUUAUUACCAUUGAAGAAGCUUUAGAAGAAAAUCUCUUAGAUGAUCAAACAGCUGGAAUGUUACAAAAAGUAAGAUCGACUACCCAUCAGGAUGGUUCUCCCCUUACUCUACGCAUGGGUAUAGACCUAAAUGUUAUAGACAGUAAUAAGGGCAAGAUAAAUGAUCCCGUUCAUGGGGACAGUGUAAACAUUCAGGGUGCUAUGGACAGAGGCCUGUUAGAUGAAAACGGGCAAUGUGAGUUACUUAUACCGCUAUUCAAAUGUUUGUCUAUACCUGAACUAAUAGAUCAAGGGUUAUUAAAUUGUGGGUCCGGAAAAAUAAUUCAUCCAGAAACUGGUGCGUAUUUAACUUUAAAAGAAGCUAUUAUCUGUGAAAUUGUUGAUCCAUUAUCAACUAUUUCUAUUGCUCCAAAUAAAAAUUUUACGAUUGAGGAAGCGAUUCAGCGUGAUAUUAUUGAUUCUGAAAAAAAUAUUAUUAAAACUAACAAUGGGCCAAUAAGCUUUUUAGAUGCAACGAACCUAAAUGUGUUCCCUAAAACAGAAGUAUACUGCGACAUACCACCUGCUGCAAUGACAAUACCUAUCGCUAUUCAGCAUAAUGUAUUAAAUUCAGCGGGGAUAUUUAAACACCCUGUUAUAGAACAAAACUUAACGUUAAAAGAAGCAAUAGAUAAGGAUCUGAUAAUGGCGAUUCCAUACCCACAAACAACAUCAUCGGUGACACUUGUGGAUAUAGCUCUAAAAGAGGGUUUACUUAACAUAAAAGAUGGGACUUUUACUGAUCCUAACACUAAAGAGGUAAUCUCAAUAGAUAAAGCUUUAGAACAAGGUUUGCUAGUUGUAAAUUGUAACAAUAAAGCGUUGGACGUAAAAGGUGUUAUUACUACAGUCACAGAAACUUAUUCCUCCCAACACACCAUUACCACAAAAAUGGUUGAGCUUUUAUCAGACUACAUUUUAAUCAACUCUCAUGAAGUCCAAAACAUAACAACUGGUGAAGUUAUGUCUAUGGAUGAAGCACGACGCAAAGGUAUUAUUCGCGAUGAACAAACGAAAAAAGAAAAGUUUAUAACAGAUGAUGAAAUAAACUUUCAGGAUGCAGUUAAUUUAGGUUACGUAAAUAUCGAAGAGGGUACAUUUACUCACCCAACUACAGGAAUUACUUGUUCUAUUACUAAAGCUGUCAAAAGUGGACUCUUAGACCCAAUAGCUCCCUUAGAAUCUCGUGAUACAACGAAAGCAUCCGAUUUUGAAAUGCUUGAUUGCCAAAAAGCUUUUGAUCUUUUAUACGACGAUAAAACACAAAAGUUUAAAGAUCCCCGAUCACCUAAUAACGUAUUAACAUUCGAGGAAACUGUUAAACAGAAUAUUGUUAAUCCUAAUGCAGUUUUAUAUGAUAUCAGUGCUGAAAAGCCCAUUACAGUAAAAGAAGCACUAAAUACAGGUUUGUUGGAUAAAAAAACUGGUAAAGUCAAAGAACCAGAAACUGGAAAAUCGUUCGAUAUCAAGAAAGCUGCUAAAAUGGGCAUGAUUGCAAUUGUUGGGGCCCCGGUGUUAGCAGGGAUGGCUGCUGUACAAGGCGCAAGAGCUAUAAGUAGUAAAAUAACAGAACCUAAAAGUGAUCUUAAUUUUCAGAACACCACUGUUGUUAAAAAUAGUCCCACAAUAUCCACCAAACAAGAUUUCAUUCAAAACAAAAAUACUUCUCUAGACCAACAAGAUAUUUGUUCUGUAAAAUAUGAAAAUAAAAAACCUGAUGUAACAGAUCCAGUCACUAUCCAAAUGCUUACGAAACCAGAAAAACGUGAAGUGAUUGAGACAAGUCAACAAAGCGAUAAUAAAUUCAUAAGACCAAGGGACCAAAGUAUAAAAGCUUCUGAUAAACUAAUUCCUCUCGAUACACAGUCCACAAACGCAAUGGCACUUGAAAGUGGAUCGAACGUAAUGGUAUCAAAAAUAAACAAAGGUGAUAAGCCCAGUAACGUUAAUAUAAGCGAAUUAGUUGUAAAAGAAAAGGAAAAUUCCAGACUGCCAAGUAUUUCGACUUUUGUAACUCAGGAAUCAAAUUUAACACGCGAUACAUCUCUUACAUCUAACGACCCACCCAGUGCCGUUGAUAACCUUAGAAAUAGUAAUGUAGAGGAUUACAUAUCAGAUCGAAAAAAAAUUGAACACACAGAUAAUGAUAUUAUACAACCUAAAGAUACCAUAACUAACACUUUAGAGAAAGAUUUAUGUACCCCAACGAAUAAAGAACUGGAUAAAAAAUCCGCACUCCCAAAACUUGAUACAAACACAACAGAUUUACCUUCAAACUUUCUUUGCAAUGUCGAUAAUAAUGCUUCAUCUUUACCAGAGAGCGCCGAUAAUAAUGUUUCAUUUUUAACAGAGAGGGACGAGGAUACUAUGGCCGCUAUUAGCCAAGGAAUCAUUAAAUCUGAAAACGUGUCAAUUAUUGACCCUAUAUCAAAAAAGAAAAUAAAUUUCAGAGAAGCUGUACAUACUGGUGUAAUCAACGAAAAAACUGGGGAAAUCAAGGAUCAAAGUGGAAAUAGUAUUUCUUUAGCAGAUGCCACUAAACUUGGCCUUAUUGCUAUUGUGGGUGCACCAGUAAUCGCGGUAUCCAAAACUGUAGGUUUUCUAAAAGAUUCAUUAACAACAGAACAUAACGAUUCCUCUACAGUUCCAACACAGAAACCAUCUCUCGAUACACAGAUUUCUUUAGAAGUACGACCAAAUGCAAGAGUGAGUAGAACUGAAGACGAUUCGGUACAAAAUGAUGGUAAACUUAGUGAAAGUCCCUUAGUUACCGACAACAAACUUUUGGAUUCCAAUACGCCCAAAAUUUAUGACCCUACAAAAGGAGUAAGUGAUGCUAAAACUGAAUCGUUUAUGUUAAUUGAAGCGGAAAAGCAGCCAUUACGUGUUAUUGAAGAAAUCACAGAGCAAAAUAUCACAAAGGAAAAACCUAAAAUACUUUUCGAAAAUAUCCCACUUAUUGAUGCAAUUGCGCAAAACAAAAUUGAACCAAAGAUUUGUCGAAUUAUAAUGAACGGUAUAGAACUUCCGUUAACAGUUCAGGAUUCUCUAGAUCAGGAACAAAUUAGUAGAUUUAUCCCCGUUGAUGUUAUUUCGAAAAACUGCGUUAUCGUUCGAACAUCUAAGCUCCAAAUGAAAAUUUCUAUAUCUUCAAAACUAACUCCGGAGGAACUAUCGGAGCUUGGAAUUUAUGAUAUUGAAAAACAAAUAUUUUUAAAUCCAGAAACAGGUGCAAAAAUAUCAUUUGAAGAACUUGUUUAUGAUCUUCACAUAUUUGACGCUAAAUCCCUUUUAGUAAAAGAUUUAACUUCUAAAUCUGACAAAUUUAUAACAUUUGAUGAAGCAAUUUCAAGGCCAAUAAUUGAUAGAAGCACAGGUCAGAUGGUGAAUCCAAAAACAGGAAAACGGGUGUCAUUUUUGGAAUGUGUGCAAAUUGGUUGGAUUGUAGAAAAACCAGAAGAUAUAUCCAUUCUAGAACAUGUUACUAUUGAGUCUGCAUUAGAACAAGGCUUAUACGAUGCAAAGACCGGGGAAAUCAGCGACUCUAACACUGGUAAAUUGAUUCAUAUUUCUGAGGCUAUUCAAGAAGGUCUUAUUGAUGAGGAUACUCUUCAUGUAACAAUACCGACAAUGAAUGAAACAAUGACAAUAUUUGAAGCUAAAGAACGAGGUAUAAUUGAAAUUUGUAAUGGUGUCAUCACAAUAAUAGAAACAGAAGAAAAAAUUGAAAUAACAGUUGCUAUACGAAAGGGUGUUCUUACCUUUACACGUAGACCUAUCUCUAUUAAAGCAGUUAUCGAUAGAGACAUGUAUGAACCAACCACUGGUAAAAUAAAAGAUAGUGCUACCGAACAGUUACUUUCCGUUGGGGAUGCAGUUUCACGAAAUAUAUUACAUCCCACUAUUUCUGAAAUUAAAGACACUUCUUUAGAAAAAUACAUACCUUUGAAAGAAGCUAUUGAAACUAAUUUACUUAAUCCAGAAACCGGAAAGAUUGUUGAUAAAAAAACAGGUACCGUAAUUUCAUUAGAUGACGCUUUAAGAAAAGGACUUGUGGCAACUAAAGCGAUUCAAUUUUCCUUGUUUGACAUAAUUGAAUUAGGCUACUAUUCACCAGAUACGUGUAAAGUUUUAGAUCCAAAAACCGGUGAAAUAGUAACUUUAAGCAAAUCUAUCCAAGAUAAACUAGUUAAUCCAACCGGUGUAAAAAUAAAGGACGAUAAUGCAGACGCUGUGAUAACUUUCGAUCAGGCGGUAAAGUCGGGUUUAUUGGAUUUAGAAAAAGGAAUAAUCACAUCACCCCCAUUAAAUUUAAAGGACGCAUCUGAGAAAGGCUAUUUAAUAAAUGACAAAAAGCCAUGGUCGUUACAGGAAGGUUUAGUUCAGGGAUUUUACGAUCCAGCUACUGGACUUUUAACAAUUAAUAACAGCACCAUGACUCUCGAAGAUUCAAUUAAAAUUGGUAACAUAAAUCCCGAAGCACUCACAGUUCGAAACUCUGUAACUAGUGAAAUUAUUUCUCUUAGUGAUGCAAUUAAAGCUGGGAUAAUUGAUUCUAAAGAAGGAAAAGUAAGGGAUCCGGUGCAAGGAGAUAAAAUAUCUUUAAUAGAUGCAUCAGAGCGAGGCUUGAUUGUUCCGGCCAAGCGCAAACUGAGCUUACCCGAAGCUGUCUUCAAAGGUUUCUAUGAUCCGAAAACUGGUAAAUUUUCCCACCCUCAAAGUAAAGAAAAACUACAAACAGAUAGAGCCAUUAGAAAAAGAAUUAUUGAUCCACAGUCAACAUUAGUUCAUGUGGCUGGAAAAGUAAUACCAUUUGAGUUUGCUGUUGACAAAGGCAUUGUUGACGGUAGGACUGGGACCAUAUUACUGGGGGAAGAGAGAGUAGAUUUCCGCGAAGCAUUUGAGAGAGGAAUUUUAGUUGAAGUACGUAGACCUUUGUCGCUCGUUGAAGCCUUAGAAAAGGGCGUUUAUAAUGAGAUCACAGGUCUUUUUAUGGAUCCACAAAGCGGUAAGAAAUACACACUCUCAGAGGCAAUAAAAUUAAAUAUUAUCGACCCUCAAUCUGUUCACAUACAGGACAAUAGGCUAGGAAAAUGGGAUAAAAUUAGUGUAGCUGAAUGUCUUGAAACCGGUUUGAUUGAUGACAAAACUGGAAAAAUAAAAAAUAUAAAUAGCGAUAAUGAAGAAAUCAGCCUACGUAAAGCCUUAGAAAUCGGCCUUUUGAUUGACGGAAAAGCGCCAAUAAGUCUACAAAGGGCGUUGCAUCAGGGUAUAUACGACGAUAACACAGGUAAAAUUAUUGAUCCCAUUACUAAUCGUAAAAUUACUCUACACGAGUCUAUUAGGCGUUCCAUUAUAAGUCCAAAAUACCUUUGUUAUUUUGAUAAGAAGUCCGAAAAACCUUUAACGUUAGCUGAAUGCUGUCGGAGUGAUAUUAUUGACCGAAGAAGUGGGAAGUUUAAAGAACCAGGUACAGAUGUCCAAAUAUCUUUAUCUGAGGCAAUGAGUUUGGGUUUAAUAGUUGAUAUAGAAAGUGCAGGAUUUUCACUUUAUGAUGCAUUAUCUAUGAACAUGUACGAUAUUACUGAGUUAGUUUUUGUGCAUCCGGUCACAGAGAGAAAAAUUUCUCUUAAAACUGCGGUCUCUGAGGAGCUUAUUAACCCAGAAACAUCUUUAAUUAAACACAUUCCCACGAGUAAAUAUGUAAAACUAUCGGAAGCUGUUAAAUUAAAUGUAAUAGAUGAAAACAAAAGUGUAUAUAUACUACCAAAUGGUAGCCAAAUUAAUUUCUUAGAUGCUAAACAUCGAGGCUUAGUAGUGACAUCAAAGAAAAAUCUUAGCCUCGAGGAAGUAAUAAAAAAUGGAAUUUUCAGAGCCGAUACAGGAAAAAUAGUAGAUCCUAGUAAUAACGAAUUCAUUGAUAUUAGAAAAGCAAUUGAAAUUAGCCUUAUUAAUCCGGAGUUAACUGUUGUAAAAGAUAAUUCUACUGGUAAGUUCAAAUCCUUACCUGUCGCCAUUCAACAAGGUGAUGUGGAUAUAAAUAAAGCUAGGGUACUUGACACAAAAGCAAAGAAAUCAUACUCCUUUGAUGUCGCAUUUGAUAAAGGACUACUAGUUACUGUGGCUCAACCCCUGACGAGUCAAAGUGUAUCGAAAAGAUAUAUUACGGAUUCGUCAUCACCAUCUUCAAAAGAACCUUUAUUACGCGAAUUCACAUUAGAUGAAGCCAUUAGGUACGAAUUUAUCAAUCCGGAAACUUCUGUAAUAAAAGACCCGCACAAAAAUAAAUAUAUUCCACUUAAACAAGGCAUCAGUGAAGGCAUAAUAGAUAAAAAUAUUAAAGGCCUCUUUGAUACACAAAAUUCAAAAACUCUUUGCUUUACAUUUGAAAAUAGUUUACUUGUUUAUCUUAGACAACCACUAACGUUUGAGCAAGCAAUAGAGGAAGGCCAUCUAAACGUUAACAAUGCUCGAUUUACUGAUCCACAAUCUAAACAAAUAUUUUCAAUUAAGGAUGCGGCUAUUUUAGGGUAUAUCGAUUCAGACACUGCACUUAUAAAAGAUAAUCUCAAAAAAAGGUUAGUCAAACUUCCCGAUGCGUUCCGUAAAGGGCUCAUGGAUGCCGAGAAAGGCAAUAUUUUAGAUACUGAAACGUCUAAGCUAAAUUCUUUGACUACUGCUAUUGAAUCGGGUCUUCUGAUGACUCCCAAAAAGAGCUUCAGUUUAAUUGAAACCAUAAAUUUCGGUAUUUACAACCCGACUACUGGUGCUCUAAAUGACCCGUUCAUAACUACUAGCGUCAUGGACAGAAAGAGAUUAACAUUAGGUGAAGCUAUACAUCAAGGAAUCGUUGAUCCUUCUAGCACGGUCGUUAAGGAACCGAAUACUGGAAAAAUAUUGCCAUUGGUACAAGCAAUUGAACAACAGAUUAUUAACCCAGUAGAAGGAAACUUAACAAUUGAUUCGAAGAAAGGCAUCAGUCUCGAUUUAGUCAAAGCUUUUAAGAAGGGUUACUUACUGCCAGCAGAAACGAGGCAAGCAGUUGAAGAGAAAUACAGGCUAUGCGACGAGACUCUGUCGAAAUUACUAGAAUGGAUCGCCGUGGUUGAAGAAAGACUCGCAAAUCAGGAAGCAGUCAAAGAGGAUAUUGAUGAAUUACGUAACCAGAUCAAUAUUUUGAAGUUGAUUAAAGACGACUUGGAAAGUCACCAACGUCAAGUUUCCGCUUGUGCUGACCAAGCUAAGCAAUUGCUGGUGUCAGGCAGUGAUGUUCUUGCUCCUCAUGAGGUGGCAGCACUUGAGCGCGGAGUGAGACAGCUGAAACAGCGCUGCGACAAGUGCGCUGAAAAGUGUGACAAGAUGCUUAGAAGACUAGUGGUCGCUAGAGACGAACUCGGCAAAUUCACGAAUGAACUGAACACGUUUAAUUCGUGGAUGGAGAACGCAUAUCGCACCCUCGAAGACAAGGAGGUGGCGCUCUCAAAAGUGGACAAUCUGUCUGGACAGAGUGAUGACGUCAGAGAAUUUGUGUCUGACGUCAUUGCCCACCAAGCCGACUUGAGGUUCAUAACAAUGUCAGCGCAGAAGUUUGUGGAUGAAAGCAAGGAAUUCCUAAACAUCCUCAACGACUACCGUACAUCUUUACCCGCGAGACUGUCUCACGUAGCAGUUCCCGUUGAAAGUGCGGUACGGGAACACGCUGGCUUAGCAAGACGAAGACAUGCAGACCUCGCUUCCAGGGCCCAGAGACUACUCGAUAGACUCAGGAUGGCUAACGAUGGCUCAGCGAGAUACCGGGACGCCGUACAGAGGGCGCAAAAAUGGAUGAGAUCGUUGGAGCCACAAAUUCGGUCAGUUCUCUCAGAGGGCGUGGCUGGUGAACCGCGUGCUGUAGAGGCUCAGCUGUCCCGGGCAAAAACAUUACACAACGAGAUCCUCUCUCAAGGAAGACUUAUUGAUAAUGUAAAAGAUGCUUGUGAUCAACUAGUCAAAUCGCUUGAAGGUAAUUUAACUCCAUCAGAAAUCAGACAGCUAGAAGUUCCAGUGAUAGAAUUGCAAGAGCGUUACGCAGAGAUAAGCAAUGCCGUAGCUGGAAAAUGUGGGGAGCUAGAAGCUGCCUUGUUGCAUUGUCAGGGUCUUCAAGACGCGGCUGAGACACAAGCCAAUUGGCUGAACCAGGCCGAAAAUAACUACAAAACUCAAAUGAAGCCAGCAUCCCUUAUACGCGAGCGUUUAGAAGAACAGAUACGUGAACAGCGCAUCUCUCAAGCUGAAGUUGAAGGCCGACGCGCGGCGCUUGCGCAGUUACAAGCAGCUGCAAGAGAAGCUGCAUUAACUCCAUCUAACGCAAGAAUAGCUAACAAGCUUGAACAACGUGCACAGGAUAUAUUUUCGAGAUAUGAGAAGCUCGUGGAGCGCGUGUCAAAGCGUGGUCAAUUCUUGGAUGAAGUCAUGUCGGAGUUGAACCAAUUCAAUCAACUAGCCAGCCGACUGGAAGCAGCGCACGCGCAGCUUAGUGAAUUGGACUCGAGGGACCUCGCAAGGAUGUCAAGUGACGAAUUAGCUUCAAGAUUGGCCGAUUUGGCUCAUUCUAGAGAUAAACAAAUGCCGCUACUUGAGGAAUGCCUACGCAUUGGCAGACAACUUGUCGCUAAAAAGGACGUCACUGAUACACACGUAGUUCGUGAUAGGAUGAAGGCGAUCGAAAACCAAUGGCGUGACUUCAACACCUCUCUAGAAGAGAAACAGAAACUCUCCAAGCAGAAGUCGGACCAACUCAACCAGUAUGAGACAUUACGAGCACAGGUCCUGGAGUGGCUUCAAGCUAUCGAAAGUCGUAUCAGUCACUUACGACCAGUGGCCGUUGAUUUAGAUGUUAUCAAACAACAGCAAGAUGAGCUUCGACCUCUCAAUAAGGAGUACAGGGACUUUUCAGUAACUAUUGACAAGCUCAAUGAAGCUGGUGCGGCCUAUGAAGCUUUAUCUCGUGGCGACCGAGCGGAAUCGCCCAGGCGAAGACACGUCUACAGUCCCACUAAAAGACAUACACCUAGUCGUACUUUGGAUACUCGUUCUCCUUCACCAGGAAAGGGUGGCGUGGUAAGCCCCGCAUCAGCGCAUUCUGCUUCUAGUGGAUUUUCCUCUCGGCGUUCCAGUCAGGAUGGAUUCCACCUUGAAGAUCUAUCUCCAGUCCAACAACAAGUAUCAGAGAUCAACAACCGUUACGAACUAGUCGGAGCCAAGCUUUCUGAUAGACAGAGCGAAUUGGACGCUAUGAAGGAAGAAGUCAAACGUCAUCUUGACAGCUUCCGCACACUUAACAACUUCUUAGAUAAGGUUCAAAGGCAACUACCGAAGGAAUCAGUGCCUAAUACAAAAGAUGAAGCGGAUAAGAUAAUCAAACAGUCGCGCGCUGUCUUAGAAGAAAUUUACGAAAAACAGAGUAUUCUUGAUUCCACUAAGACACAGGUGCGUGAACUACUAAAACGCAAACAAAGCGUCCAAGGAGCCGAUCGCUUACACGAUGAGCUUCAAGAUGUCACAUCUAGAUGGAAGGCUCUACACGAUGCCUUCAAAGACAAGGUCCAAUUGAUGGAGGAGAUGAAAGACCUACUUGACACUCACAGCAGCUUAGCUCUGUGGCUGAGCGCCAAAGAACGUAUGAUGAACGCUCUCGGACCUAUUUCAUCUGAUUCGAGAAUGGUUCAAACUCAAGUACAACAGGUACAAGUCCUUCGGGAAGAAUUCCGCAGUCAACAACCGCAGCUGUCUCACUUGCAAGAAGUAGCUGGAUCGGCGUUCCAGAAGUUACCACACAAUGACCUGGACGUUAAAAAGCUUCGCCAGAAGGUCCAGGACCUUCAAGACCGGUGGAGCGAUUUACUCAAUAAACUGGAACAACGAGCUCAAAGCUUAGGAGCAGCAGCGGAUACAUCUCGAGAAUUCGAUGCUGGCCUGGAGCGAUUGCGAAACGCAUUGCACAACAUCUCUGACAAGUUGGACGACGUCUCCACCCGACAGGAACCAGCGGAUCAAUUGCGAGAGGUUGAGAACCUGGAGCGUCAACUGGAAGGCCAGCGUCCUCUAUUAGCAGAUCUUGAAGCAGCAGGAGCAACGUUAGCUGAAGUGCUGGGAGAGCCCAGUUCACGACAAGACAUACAAAACAAAUUAGCAGCCGCUGUCAGGCAAUAUGACCAAUUACAAAGAAAACUGGAUAACAGAAAGGCAGAAAUUGAGGCAGCACUAAAGGACGGUCGCAACGUGGAAGAAAGUGUGUCCCGAACAUUAGGAUGGUUGCAAUCAGAGCUGGGUGCACUACCCGCUCGCUUACUGGUUUCGGCUGACAAGACACGUCUGCAGCAAGCGUUAGAUACACACGAACCACUGUAUCGUGGCCUAACACAGCGUGAACAUGAAAUCAUUAUGCUCUUGGAUAAAGGCCGCGAAAUGGAAAAGAAACCAGCAUUCAGCGGUCUUCGCAAAGAUCUAGAUCGAAUUCAGAGUCAAUGGGAAAAGCUUAAGAGAGAAACUGUUGACAGAUACACUAGGUUGCAGACAGCUAUGGAACAUUGCCGCAAAUACAAUAAAGCGCAGGAAUCAUUCCUACCUUGGCUUAGUGAUGUAGAGAAACAGUUACGUGACUUACCGCCAGUGGCCUUCACACGUAAAGAGCUUGAGAGACAACUAAGAGAUCUGCAACACAUCAGAAAUGAUGUCUGGAAGAGGUCUGGUGAAUAUGAAAAUAACAGAACGCUCGGCGAAACAUUUAUAUCCGCGUGUGAUGUGGACCAAGACAUAGUUAGAAAGCAACUCGAUUCCAUGAAGGAGAAAUGGGAUAGGAUCAACAACGAGGUGCUCCAACAAAUCGAAUACUUGGAAUCUACGAGCCGCAAAUUGGGUGACUUUUUGGAGAAAGUGCGUGCCGUAGAAGCGCCUUUAGCUAGAUGCGAGGAACGCCUGGAGGCAGCGCUUAGCUCACCACCAGCUGCUGCAAAAGAGGCGAUAGCAAGAUUAACGGAACACGUGCAUGCAUUGCAAGCGCCCUUACAGAGUGUCAACAUGGCAGCAGAUGAUAUAGUCGCUCUUGCAAAUGAAUUUGCUGGACCUGAAGCAGCGGCGCGUGCUCGGCAAGUACUAGACGAAACGACGCGCUCGCUAGCUGAUCGCCUUCGAGAUUUGGAGACCAGCACAGAGAAGGCCGGUGAGGAAUUGGCUGGAGUGGCGAUGGCCGUUUCUGUCUUCCAGGAUAAAGUGAAGGGCGUGCAAGUUACAAUAACGGACCUAGAAAAGGAGUUAGACGCUAUGAAGCCGCCUGGUCGUGACCUGAAGACGGUGCGAUCACAACUCGAUGAAGUCACCAAGUUCUGGCAAAAAUUGGAAAGCGCAGACGCAAGAGUGUCUGAAACUGAUAUGUACGGGCAGAACCUUAUUGACAUGGGCCAUGGGGAAACAGCGAAGGCCAAUGAAAAUGUCUCGGUUCUGCGUCAACAACUCAAGAAACUGGAACAAAAAACCAGACAGAGAGAACAGGAUCUAGACGAUACUCUUAGCAAGUUGGAAGCCUUCUACAAAGCUUACGACUCGGUCAUGGAUGAUAUUGAUGAGGCGGCAGAACAAGUUCGCAGCCUCAAACCGGUUUCCACAGACGUAGAUCAAAUUCGCGCUCAACAAAAGGACUUCGCUGAUCUGAAACAGCGUUCAGUGGAACCGUUAGGACAAAAUGUAUCCCAUUGUAACAAGAUCGGUCAGGGCCUGGUCAGAUCUGCGUUACAAGGUGUUUCAACCCAGGAGCUGGAGAAAGAUCUUGAAAAACUUAACGACAAAUGGAAUAAUCUAAAAGAAAAGAUGAACGAACGCGGUCGUCGUCUAGAUGUUGGCCUUUUGCAAUCGGGCAAACUAGCGGAAGCCCUUGCAGGUCUCGCCCGUUGGCUCAGUGACACAGAGGAACUUGUACGCAACCAAAAACCACCAUCUGCCGAUUACAAAGUGGUGAAAGCUCAGCUACAAGAACAGAAGUUCCUCAAAAAGAUGUUGAUGGACCGUCAAAAUUCAAUGUCGUCCCUCUUCGCUAUGGGCAAUGAAGUUGCAGCUGAUUGCGAUGCAAAUGAAAAGAAGGCCAUUGAGAAACAGCUUAAAGGCCUCAUGCAGAGGUUUGAUGGUCUAACGGCAAGCGCUCAGCAGCGGAUGCUAGAUUUGGAGCGGGCUAUGAAGGUUGCAAAAACAUUUGAAGAACAACUCCAGCCCCUAGUAGAGUGGCUCGGUGUCACUGAGAGGAAAGUGAAGGCAUUGGAAUUGGUGCCAACUGACGAAGAAAAGAUUCAACAGAAAAUCAGGGAACACAAGAACCUUCACGACGAUAUCUUAUCGAAACAACCUCCAUUCAAAGAGUUGACAGAAACAGCGUCGACUCUCAUGAGCCUUGUUGGUGAUGACGAAGCAGCAGCUCUUGCUGACAAACUGCAUCUAGCAACUGACCGGUACCAAGCGUUAGUAGACCACAGUCUGAAUAUCGGUGAACUUCUGGACAACUCGCGUAAAGGUCUCCGCCACUUGGUGCUGACUUACCAAGACCUGUCCGCCUGGAUGGAUGGUAUGGAACAGUAUCUAGCAAAGAGAAAGAUACUACCUGUGCAUAUGGAGAAACUGCUUAGACAAAUGGACGAACUAGCUGCAAAAACGGAAGAAAUCUCCGAAAAGCAGCAAGAAGUUGACGGCACAGUGGAGUCAGGACUUGAACUCAUGAAGCACAUAUCUGGGGACGAAGCUCUUCAGCUAAAAGACAAAUUGGAUGCCCUCCAGAGGCGUUAUAACGACCUUACUUCACGCGGAGCCGACUUGCUGAAGCUUGCUUCUGAUACAUUACCCCUUGUGCAGCAACUAUACAACUCGCAUACAAAAUUGACAGAAUGGAUGGCCAGCGCAGAGACCUGCUUGCAAUCCGUAGAACCAAGAGAAGAAGACAUUUUGAGGCUUGAAGCUGAGCUGCAAGAGUUCCGGCCGUUGUUAGACAACAUUAAUCUUGUUGGACCUCAAUUGUGUCAGAUAUCGCCAGGAGAGGGCGCUACUCACGUAGAAGGCAUUGUUACUCGAGACAAUCGGCGGUUCGACGCUAUUGCAGAACAAAUACAGCGCAAAGCCGAGAGACUGUUGCUCAGUAAGAAGCGCUCUCUGGAAGUAGUAGGCGAUAUGGAAGAACUCGUUGAAUGGCUACGGGCUGCUGAUGCUCAGCUUCGGGCUGCGGAACCUCCGGCUGCUUCCGCCGAUGUGCUACGGGCUCAAUUGGCUGAACAAAGGCCACUUAGUGACGAUGUGGCAGCACAACGCGUACGAGCUAGAGAACUUCUUAGUCAGGCUAAAAAGGUACUUCGGGAGUGUCAAUCAGGUGACGAGGCUAGUGUGAUCCGCGAACGAAGUGAGGAACUGAAGGAGAUGAUGGAAGAAGUCGGCCAGCUUAGUGCUGCUCGACUUGCCGCUUUGGAACAGGCUUUACCGCUUGCUGAACACUUCGCUGACACUCACCACGGACUCUCUUCCUGGUUGGAUGAUAUGGAAAAGCAGGUGCAAAUGCUAGCGAUGCCGGCGCUCAGACCAGAACAAAUCGUCCAGCAGCAAGACAAGAAUGAGAUGCUCCAACAAUCGAUCGCCGGGCACAAGCCUCUAGUAGACAAACUCGUUAAGACAGGAGAAGCUCUAUCACGCCUUUGUGGUGAAGAUGAUGCCGCCAAAGUGCAGGAUAUAGUUGAAAAUGACUGCGACCGAUACAACGCGCUUAGGGCAGAGCUGAGACAACGACAACAGGAAUUGGAACAGGCCUUACAAGAAUCUUCAGUAUUUGCUGAACGAUUGGAAGGUAUGGUUCGCGCCCUGGCUGGUGCUGCUGAUCAAUUACAACGUGCUGAACCUGUAUCAGCACACCCGCAUAAAAUACAAGACCAAAUCGAAGAAAACAACGCAUUAAUUGAAGAUCUGGAGAAACGUGAAGAAGCGUAUCGUGCAGUGCAGCGAGCAGCUACCGAUGUCAUGAGCAAGGCAAGCGCCACUGAUCCCGCUGUUAGGGACAUAAGGGGAAAACUCGAAAAACUUAACAAACUAUGGGACGAAGUUCAGCGCACAAGCAACAACCGCGGUCAAUCUCUGGAGAGUGCUCUAGAGUUGGCACGACGCUUCUGGGAACAGCUUGAAGCCAUAAUGGGUCAGCUGGGUGAGCUGGAAGAUACCUUGGCAGCUCAACCGCCGCCCGCCGCUCAACCCCACCACAUACAACACCAGCAACUGCAACUCCAGGAGAUCAGACAGGAGAUCGAUCACACUAAGCCAGAGGUUGAGAAAGUACGCAAGACUGGUUCAACUCUGAUGUCGAUAUGCGGCGAACCGGACAAACCAGAAGUUAAGAAACAUAUUGAAGACCUCGAUACCGCCUGGGACAAUAUCACCGCUCUGUAUGCGAGAAGGGAAGAGAACCUCAUAGAUGCCAUGGAGAAGGCUAUGGAGUUCUAUGACACGCUAAACAACCUCCAAGAAUUCCUGGACUCGGCUGAAGAGAAAUUCUCGCGUAUGGGACCUUUGGGAUCCGAUAUUGAUGCAGUCAAACGCCAAAUUGCUCAACUGGCUGCCUUUAAAACCGAAGUCGACCCUCAUAUGGUGAAAGUUGAAGCGCUUAACAGGAGUUUAACGAGGCAAGAAAUAAAGUUCAAAUUUGUGUGUCGCUUUUUGUGCCGUGUAUGCGUAGUGACCUAUUUCUAUUUGCAAGCUGCGGAACUAACGGAGCGAACAUCCUCCGAACAAGCUGCAGCCAUCAAACAACCCUUAACAGAGGUCAACAGCCGCUGGUCUGCGUUGCUGAGAGGCAUGGUCGAAAGACAGCAACAGCUGGAAAGGGCUCUGCUAAGGCUAGGACAGCUACAGCAUGCUCUUCGUGAUAUUCUGGCUUGGAUACAGCACACUAGCGACACUUUGGAUACCUUAACACCGGUUGCCGGAGACCCUCAAAUCUUAGAGGUGGAACUGGCUAAACUAAAAGUGGUGGUUAAUGACAUCGCAGCCCACCAAGCCAGCGUUGAUACGUUGAACGAAGCUGGAGCGCACAUUGUACACCACGGCACCGAUGAAGCGGGCGAAACCGCCGAAAAACUGACAACACUCAAUAGGAAGUGGCGCGAAUUGCAACAAAAAGCUAGAGAUCGCCAAUCAGAACUCGAAGACGCACUGAGAGAAGCGCAAAGCUUUAAUGCUGAAAUCGGUGAUCUCCUAUCUUGGCUAUCUGAAGUCGACAGUGUGGUAGUCGCAUCCAAACCUGUUGGUGGUUUACCGGAGACAGCCACUGAACAACUGGAAAGGUUUAUGGAGGUAUAUAACGAAAUAGAAGCAAAUCGCCCCAAGGUGGAGGCAGUGUUGCAACAAGGCCAGGAAUAUAUCAAGAGACAAGAGAAACCAAACCCCACAAGCCAACUACAUCUUAACCUCAAAAACUUGAAGUCGAGAUGGGAUAAUGUCACAUCAAGAGCGUCAGACAAGAAAAUCAAGCUGGAAAUAGCUCUGAAGGAAGCUACCGAGUUCCACGAAGCAUUACAAGCGUUUGUGGAUUGGCUGACUUCAGCUGAGAAGACCUUGACUUCCGCUAAGCCGGUGUCCAGGGUUAUGGAGACUCUACUCACUCAAGUCGAAGAACACAAAGCAUUCCAAAAGGAAGUCUCUACCCACCGAGAGACUAUGCUCCAACUAGACAAGAAGGGAACACACCUGAAGUACUUCAGUCAGAAGCAAGAUGUUAUCUUAAUUAAGAAUUUGUUGGUCUCCGUACAACAUCGCUGGGAAAGAGUGGUCUCAAAGGCCGCUGAAAGAACAAGGGCGUUAGACCACGGUAUCAAGGAAGCUAAGGAGUUUAAUGAUAUGUGGAACAACCUGAUGAACUGGUUGAACGACACCGAGCAACAACUAGAUCAGCUCAAUGCGGAAGCCAAUGUCAAUGAUCCAGAGAAGAUCAAACAGAGGCUGACGAAACACCGUGAGUUCCAAAAGGCCCUAGCGUCCAAGCAGCCAGCUUAUGACCUUACCAGCAAGACCGGAAAAAACCUGAAGGACAAAGCGCCUAAGACUGAUGAACCCGUUCUAAAAGAAAUGUUGAGCGAACUCAAGUCCAAGUGGACCACUGUUUGUUCGAAGGCUGUGGACAGGCAACGGCGUCUCGAAGAAGCACUGCUGUACUCUGGUCAGUUCAAGGACGCGAUGUCAGCGUUAUUGGAAUGGCUGAAGAAACAAGAGAAAGAUUUGUCCUCAGAUUCUCCCCUCCAUGGAGACUUGGAUACUGUUAUGGCGCUGAUUGAACAGCAUAAGCAAUUUGAGGAAGAUCUUCACUCCCGCGAACAGCAAAUGCAGUCCGUUAUGAAGACCGGAAGGGACCUAGAAGCGACGGUGCCCGCGGAAGACGCAUUGAACAUCAAGCAGCAAUGCAGCGAAUUGCAGCAAGCCUGGAAUACUGUUUUGACGCUCAGUGAGAGGAAAGCUCAUAAAUUAGAGACUGCUCUUAAGGAGGCGGAGCGUCUGCACAAAUCCGUAAAUAUGCUCCUUGAAUGGUUAUCCGACGCCGAAACGAAACUUCGCUUCACCGGUCAACUACCGGAAGGCGAGCAAGAAACCCAACAACAGAUCCGCGAUCACGAGAAGUUCAUUAAGGAGCUGAACGAAAAGAAGAGAGACAAGGAUGACACGAUAUCGCUCGCUCACUCUAUCCUCGGCAAGGCUCAUCCAGAUGCGGUGACCGUUAUUAAGCAUUGGAUAACAAUUAUACAGAGCAGAUGGGAUGAGGUAUGGCAAUGGGCAAUGCAACGUGGUGGAAAACUGGAGACUCACAUGCAAAGCUUAAAGGACCUCGACCUAGUAUUAGAGGAAUUACUGCAGUGGCUCAGUGGACUUGAAACUACCCUCAUAACAUUGGAAGCCGAACCUCUACCAGAAUCUAUCGAAGUAUUAGAAGGACUUAUUGAAGACCACAAAGAUCUGAUGGAACAUACACAGAAACGACAGAACGAGGUGGACCGUGUCUGCAAGGCUUAUCAGGUCAAGAGUCAGAGUGUCGGCCGAGAGACUUCUACUCCUCGAAAAGUAUCAGUUAAAAGUGCAACUAAAGGCACACCUGGCCGCGGUUCUCAGCACGACCUCCAUAGAGAUAGAUCUAUGUCACCUGAUUAUUAUGGCACUAGACGUUAUAGUCGGAUGAGCCCUGGAAGAGAUUCGCCCGACCGCAUCCUGCCGCACUACGGACCGCGUUUCCCGCCUAAGGGAAGCGUUGGUGCUGAACCGGAGUUCAGAUCAAGCCGGGUGAAGCAAUUGUGGGACAAAUGGAGGCACGUGUGGUUGUUGGCUUGGGAGCGACAGCGACGCCUACACGAACGUCUGAUGCAUCUGAAAGAACUGCAACGUGUAUCCAACUUCAGCUGGGACGAUUGGAGAAAGCGGUUCCUCAAAUUCAUGAACCACAAGAAAUCUCGUCUGACAGACCUUUUCCGUAAGAUGGACAAGGAUAACAACGGGCUCAUACCCAGGAAUGAGUUCAUUGACGGGAUUAUUAACACCAAAUUCGAUACAUCGCGUCUGGAGAUGGGUGCUGUGGCUGAUCUUUUCGAUAGAAACGGCUCUGGGCUUAUUGACUGGGAAGAGUUUAUCGCUGCAUUGAGACCAGAUUGGGUGGAACGAAGAGGCCCUCCAUCAGACGCAGAUAAGAUUCACGAUGAAGUAAAACGACUGGUUAUGCUCUGCACCUGCAGGCAGAAGUUCAGGGUAUUCCAGGUUGGAGAAGGAAAGUAUAGGUUUGGAGACUCACAAAAACUCCGUUUGGUCCGAAUUCUUCGCUCCACCGUUAUGGUUCGCGUGGGAGGAGGCUGGGUGGCUCUGGACGAGUUCUUAGUUAAGAACGACCCCUGCAGAGGUAUGUUUUCUAAAAUACGAUAUUCCUUUACAGGUGGCUGA